GUGACGACCACCAAGGCAUCUCGCCGAAACCACCAAAAAUACAAACCGCAAAUGGAACAGCGAUCUGCUGGGGGCAUGACGUCAUCGAAUGUGAAGACUGACACGAAACCAUUACAUGGCGUAGUCGCUGUAUGGAAUAGUCUUCACUUCGCUUUGCCGUAAAGCAGAGCCAAUUCGGUAUCGUUGUUUGUUGUCCUUCAGUACUGUUAAGAGUCAUGGACUUUCGUCAGCAUUUAUCAGAUUCCCUAAAUGAAAUAACUGAAUAUAUACAAGAAGGCGGAAAUCGUGGAGGUGAUUUAGAGAAUACUGUUUUAAGACUGGAGGUUCUUUACGAGGCAGCGUUGAUCAAUGGGGACAUUCCUUUAGAUGCGGUUGACUUAAUCAAUCAAGCUCGUACACACCUGAACGUAAACUUGCAUCAACAAGAGCCUUUUCGUGGGUAUGAAGCACCAGCAGUGAGUGAGGCAGGUCGCCGAGGAAGACCUAAGUUUGCGAUUUCCGAGAAGCAGCUGCUAUUUUUCAGAGAGAACAACUUCACGUAUAAAGACAUGGCUCUAAUGCUUGGGGUUAGCAAGCGAACUAUUGAAAACCGUAUGGCCGAGUACGAGUUGACGAACAAGUCCCGCUACAGUGACAUAGAGGACGAUUUCCUGGAUUCUUUAAUCCAGCGUAUCAUGACAAAUUUCCCUAGAUCGGGUUGCAAAACAAUCGAGGGUUACCUUGUUUCGCAAGGUGUACAUGUGCAGAGGUGGAGACUAAGGAGUGCCAUAAAGAGAGUCGAUCCCAUUGGCAGGAGGCUAAGGUCUAUGAAUGCCAUCCGUAGACGAGUGUAUAACGUACGUUCCCCACUGGCCCUCUGGCAUAUGGACGGGAAUCACAAACUGAUACGAUGGCGAUUCGUGGUUCACGGCUGUAUUGACGGUUACAGUCGCUCCGUCGUUUAUCUUAAGUGCGAUACGAAUAACACGUCUGUCACAGUCUUGCGUCUCUUUGAGGGUGCGGUGUCUGAAUGGGGAUUGCCAUCACGAGUCAGGGGCGACAUGGGAGUUGAAAACAGAGACGUGGCACACUACAUGUUGAACCAUACAGCAAGAGGGCCCGGAAGAGGGAGUUACAUCACCGGACGAAGCGUGCACAACUCGCGUAUAGAAAGACUCUGGCGCGAUGUGUACCAGUUAGUCCUAUCCUCAUUUUACGACCUUUUCCUUUCUCUCGAAGCAUGCGGUCAGCUCGAUCCGGACAACGAAGGGCAUCUAUUUUGCCUUCACUUCACUUAUCUCCCAAUAAUCAACGAGGCCCUUUCAAAAUUUGUGCUAUCCUGGAAUAAUCACAAAAUACGUACUGCAGGAAACAAAAGUCCUUUACAACUGUUCAUACUAGGGAUGCAAGAAAUUGCGGAAGAAAGUGGUAUUGUGGCAUCAGAAUACUUUCAAAACCUUAGUCAGAGGGACUUGGAGGGAUACGGUGUGGAUCCUACGGCUUACUUUCAUGACGGCACAGAUGAUGCACUACAGAAUGAGGUUGUCGUCCCACCGACACGGUGUCCGUUAGAUGCUGAUUCGUGUACGAUUUUUAAGGCAAGCAUGUCAGAAGUCCAAGGCGAAGAUCCAUGGGACAUUACACCAUAUCUGCAUGCACUGGAAACGAUGAAUCGUCUGAAAACCUAGGUUUUAACAUUUUGUAUAAUGCACCAGUGUACGCCACUUACGUUAAAGUAUCUCCCCCCCCCCCCAUCCUAUCAUCUUACUUUUCUAUUUCGUUGGACAAUGUGUUGUUUUUUGUUUAUUUCGGUUACACCGGGAAAAUGAGUACACUUGGCAUCACUCAUAAUGUAUCCUAUCGUAAUCUGCGAUUUCAUGUCAGCUUGCGAUAACCCCAACCUAAGCUGAGUGGAACUGGUGCUGAAAUAGUGAGAGGUUGUAACGUCUGACUAUGAAUAGACAGCACACAGAUAACAUAAAAGAUAACAUUUUAAUACCAAAAUGUAUCGAUUGGGACUUUUAAACAGUAUAGUAAGUGAAAACGUAACGGCUUUAAAAAUUGCGCAAUAAACGUCCUUCGCUUUACUUU